AAAUUACGGAGAGAGUUUCAUCUCAAUGGGUUGCACAGGGCCGGGGAUGUUAUUCUGGGUGGGUUGUUUGAGGUCCAUUACACCUCCGUCUUCAGUGAGUGGACAUUCACUUCAGAACCACGUCAACCCACCUGCACAGGCUUUGACACUCAAGGAUUCAGACAGGCCAUGAUGAUGGUCUUUGCUGUUGAUGAGAUCAACAGAAACUCCAACCUGCUACCAAAUAUAACUCUGGGAUACAGUCUGUAUGACAACUGUGGUGCACUUUUUAUCGGAUUUCGUGCUGCUUUGGUGCUGGCCAGUGGUCAAGAGGAGCAGUUUCUGCUUCAGGAGAACUGUUUAGGGACCCCUCCAGUUGUGGGGAUUGUGGGUGAUUCCUACUCAACAUUUUCUAUUGCCACCUCCAAUGUGUUAGGUUUAUUCAGAUUGCCUAUGGUGAGUCAUUUUGCCACAUGUUCCUGCCUGAGUGAUCGGCAACGGUUUCCAUCCUUCUUUAGAACAAUUCCAAGUGAUGCUUUUCAGGUGCGUGCUAUGAUUCAGAUUCUAAAACGCUUUGGCUGGACUUGGGUAGGUCUGCUGAUCAGUGAUGACGAUUAUGGAGUACAUGUUGCCCGAUCCUUCCAGUCUGACUUGACUAAUUCAGGUGGAGGUUGUCUCGCCUACACAGAGAUUUUGCCUUGGGGCAAUGACCCAGCUGAACUUAGGAGAAUUGUGGAUGUGAUGAAGAAAUCAACAGCUCGUGUGGUCAUGGUGUUUGCACAUGAAAUCCACAUUUAUCAACUAGUGGAGGAGGUGGUGAGGCAGAAUGUGACAGGCCUGCAGUGGCUGGCCAGUGAAGCCUGGACAUCAGUUGAUGUGCUCCAGACGCCUGACUUCAUGCCGUACCUGGGUGGAACACUGGGCAUUGCCAUCCGUCGGGGAGAAAUAGCAGGAUACAAGGACUUCCUCUUAAGAAUACACCCCGACCAACACCACAACAACUAUGGAAAUAGCAUUGUAAAUCAGUUUUGGGAAGAUAUAUUUCAGUGUAGAUUUUCUCCACCUCCAGUAGAUUGGGUGGAAGCUGGAGGAGCAUUAUGCACUGGACAGGAAGAUCUACAUAAAGUGGAUAGUGAGCUGUUUGAUGUUUCUAAUCUCAGGCCGGAGUACAACAUUUACAAGGCUGUGUAUGCUCUGGCGUACGCCCUUGAUGACAUGCUGCACUGUGAGCCAGGGCGAGGGCCUUUCAGUGGCCACAGCUGUACGAGUUUACAAAGACUGGAGCCAUGGCAGCUGGUGUAUUAUUUGGAUAGAGUAAACUUCACCACACCAGUUGGGGAUCAAGUGUCAUUUGAUGCAAAUGGCGAUGCCUUGCCAAUAUAUGACGUCAUGAACUGGCUGUGGCUCCCAGAUGGCACAGCAAAGAUUCAGAAUGUGGGUGAAGUUAAAGAGUUGCCCAAAGGUGAAGAACUCACACUUCAUGAGGACAGAAUUUUCUGGAACUUUGAAUCUAAACAGCCACCCAGGUCAAUUUGCAGUGAGAGCUGCCCACCAGGUACUCGGAUGGCCAGAAAGAAGGGGCAACCUGUGUGCUGUUUUGACUGCAUCCCAUGUUCUGAGGGAAAGAUCAGCAAUGAAACAGACUCCAUGGAGUGCACAAGUUGUCCAGUGGAUUUCUGGUCCAACCCCCAGCGUGACUACUGUGUCCCCAAGAAAACAGAGUUCCUCUCCUACCAUGAGCCUCUGGGAAUCUGCUUGACAGCCACCUCAUUGCUGGGCACAUUUAUCUGUGCUGUCAUCCUGGGCAUCUUCAUCUAUCAUCGCAGCACACCCAUGGUGCGUGCCAACAAUUCGGAACUCAGUUUCCUGCUGUUGGUGUCACUUAAACUAUGUUUCCUGUGCUCACUGCUGUUCAUUGGACGACCCAGACUGUGGACAUGCCAGCUGAGACAUGCAGCAUUUGGCAUCAGCUUUGUGCUUUGUGUUUCAUGCAUCCUGGUGAAAACCAUGGUGGUUCUGGCUGUGUUCAAGGCCUCUAAGCCAGGAGGUGGAGCCAGUCUGAAGUGGUUUGGUGCUGUGCAGCAGAGAGGGACAGUUCUGGUUCUUACUUCUAUUCAGGCAGCAAUCUGUACUGCCUGGCUUGUCUCUGCCUCACCAGCACCUCAUAAAAACACCCAAUACCACAAUGACAAGAUAGUUUAUGAGUGUGUAGUUGGGUCCACAAUUGGUUUUGCAGUGUUACUGGGCUACAUUGGCUUCCUGGCUAUCCUUAGCUUCCUGUUAGCUUUCCUGGCAAGGAAUCUUCCAGACAACUUCAAUGAGGCCAAAUUCAUCACUUUCAGCAUGCUGAUCUUCUGUGCUGUGUGGGUGGCCUUUGUCCCUGCUUAUGUCAAUUCCCCAGGCAAAUAUGCAGAUGCAGUGGAGGUAUUUGCCAUCCUGGCCUCCAGUUUUGGCCUCUUGGUGGCGCUGUUUGGACCCAAAUGUUACAUAAUCCUCCUGAGACCAGAGAGGAACACAAAGAAAGCUAUUAUGGGUCGAGGAACUACAAAGUGA